GCCAAACUUGAAGAGUUUUCCUCCAGCUUUCAUACGAAUUGUUUAAAGCAAUAUUUCCCAACAAUUACGUCGCUCUCCGCCAUAUGCGACCCUCCUCCCAGAUAGUUUGUUGUGAGAGAAGUGACCAUGAACUUGGAAGAACUUCAGGGCUGAGUUUUCUUUUAGGCGUAGGAUGUGGAAGACGAGAACAAAAAAAAAGGCAUUACGGUUAAUCGGUGGCAGUUAAAAUUUGUUAUCUACGGAGUAUCAGGAUAGUGAGUAUAUUAGGAAAGAAGUUAAACAAAAGGCGUAUGAGAAUCUCUAGGCUGGAAAGUAGUAUAAAUACGGAGCACAAGAUUUACAUAAACGGAAAGUAAAUAUACAUAUUGCGUAUCAACUUCUGCAACACGAUCCGCAACAGACCCUUCUUCCAAAACAACUUCUGCAACCAUGGAAAGAAUAGCAAGUGAGCGGCAUGCGCCCUGGAAGAAGUACAGGGUCAUCAGCGGGCACUUGGGUUCGGUGCGGUGCGUUGCAGUGGACCCCAGCAAUACAUGGUUCUGCACAGGCUCAGCAGAUAGAACAAUCAAGAUCUGGGAUUUAGCAACCGGGACUCUGAAACUCACCCUUACCGGUCAUCUUGAACAAAUAAGAGGCCUAGCGGUCAGCAGCAAGCAUACCUACAUGUUCUCUGCGGGUGAUGACAAACAAGUCAAGUGCUGGGAUCUAGAACAGAACAAGGUGAUUCGGUCUUAUCAUGGUCAUUUAAGCGGUGUCUAUUGCUUGGCUCUACACCCCACCCUUGAUGUCCUGCUUACUGGGGGUCGUGAUUCUGUGUGCAGGGUUUGGGAUAUCAGGAAAAAGACUCAAGUUCAUGCUUUGUCAGGGCAUGAGAACACAGUUUGCUCAGUUCUUGCUCGCCCAUUGGACCCUCAAGUCAUUACUGGCUCACAUGAUUCAGCUGUGAAAUUCUGGGACCUCAGGAAUGGCAAGGCCAUGUCAACACUCACACACCACAAGAAAUCUGUCCGAGCAAUGGCAUUGCACCCAAAGGAGGAUGCUUUUGUGUCUGCCUCUGCUGACAACAUCAAAAAGUUCAACCUUCCAGAAGGAAAGUUUCUGCACAACAUGCUUUCCCAGCAGAAAGCAAUCAUCAAUGCCAUGGCCGUCAACGAGGAAGGUGUAAUGGCUACAGGAGGCGAUAAUGGGAGCUUGUGGUUCUGGGAUUGGAGAAGUGGUCACAAUUUCCAGCAAUCACAGACAAUUGUUCAACCCGGGUCGCUGGAGAGCGAGGCUGGCAUCUAUGCAAUGGCAUAUGAUGUCACUGGUUCAAGGCUGAUUACUUGCCAGGCUGAUAAGACCAUAAAUAUGUGGAAAGAGGGAGUAAAGGCCACCCCGGGAACUCAUCCUCUUCAUUUUAGGCCCCCCAGAGAUAUUAGUCUCUUCUGAAUGGUGGACAUGCUAAUAUUUUGUUCUUUCUCUCAUCUACACCCUUUAUUGGUAAUGUUCCUCUAGAUUUCUUUGGUUCGCAAUGUGAUUGUUCCUCUAGAUAUAUCUCACAAUUUACAGAUUUGC